UUGAUUCUGUUAUCUUGUCUAAUCGCUCUAGAAUGGCGUUCGGUGCUUCGCUUGCCCAUAGUGCAUUUCUGAAACAUUCAGCUUUCCUUCAUGGUGAAGUAUUAUCAUCUUCAUCGAGUUGUAUGGGAACUUCUCUAACCUUCUCACGCUCUUCGUCCUCUGCAAACCAACCUCCUUCUAAAAAACAACUAAUGAUUUUCUCUAAGAGGCUGUCAGGAUUGGAGGAGGCGAUGAGAAUCAAAAGAGAACGUGAGCUUGGUGUUACAAAGCCUAGAAGAAGGCCUCCAUUAAGGCGUGGAAAAGUGUCACCACGUCUGCCUGUCCCUAAUCACAUACCAAGGCCUCCUUAUGUAGGUUCAGAUGUACUGCCUGAAAUAUCCAGUGAGUAUCAAAUCCAUGAUUCUGAAGGCAUUGCUUGCAUGAGGGCUGCAUGUGAGCUUGCUGCUCGUGUCCUAAACUAUGCAGGGACUCUAGUGAGGCCUUCUGUGACAACUGAUGAAAUUGAUAAAGCAGUCCAUCAGAUGAUAAUAGAAGCCAGUGCUUAUCCCUCACCUCUUGGCUAUGGUGGAUUUCCAAAAAGUGUGUGCACAUCAAUUAAUGAGUGCAUGUGCCACGGAAUACCUGAUUCUCGGAAGCUACAGAAUGGUGACAUUAUUAACAUAGACGUGACAGUCUACCUGAAUGGAUAUCAUGGAGACACAUCAAAGACAUUUUUUUGUGGGGAAGUCAGUGAUGCAAUGAAAAGCCUUGUUAAGGUAACUGAAGAGUGCCUGGAGAUGGGAAUAGCUGUUUGCAAGGAUGGUGCAAGUUUUAACAAAAUUGGAAAGAGAAUCAGUGAACAUGCUGAAAAGUAUGGCUUUGGUGUAGUGGAACGUUUUGUCGGGCAUGGUGUAGGAGCAGUGUUCCAUUCAGAGCCAAUAAUCCUACAUCACCGUAAUGACAAUCCUGGUAUCAUGGUUGAAGGUCAAACAUUUACAAUUGAGCCCAUUCUUACAAUGGGAAGCACCGAGUGCAUUACAUGGCCGGACAACUGGACAGCCGUAACAAAAGAUGGUAGUCCCGCUGCACAGUUUGAGCAUACCAUUUUGAUAACUGGCUUUGGAGCUGAAAUUUUGACAACGUGUUGAUGAGAAAUUUACAUGAAAUUAUGCAGACAGGCGAAGAGCCCCGAGAACUUGAAUGCCACUAUCUCUUUAGAAUCUCAAUAUUGAAGGCUCUCACAGUGGAGAUGUGAUAUGGAUAUAGAGAGAUUCGAUGGUGCAAAGACAAGUAUGAAGUUUCUGCUAUACACCAAGUCAAAGCUAUUACCAUAAAGCGGUCGGUUGUACCAGCCUAAAAAAAAAAUAAUUGUGGAAUUGUAAUAGGAGUUAGCAAUACAAUGCGGGCAUGAACUAUGUGUCUGAUUUGGCAUUUGAAGGUCCUGGGAAGACUUCUUAGGAUGAGAAUUUUAAAAGGUUUCUGGAGAUAGGCCACGGAAUACUAGAUGAAGCUGAGCCGGAUGCGCCUUUUCCAAUAACUUUUAAUCUCAGUUCGUUGACAAAAGUGAGUUUUCAUGUGGUGUCUAACCUAUAUAUAUUAAUAUUGUAAUAUAUUGUUCACGAAUGUUAAUCCCUGGGCCAUCUCAAAAGAAAAAUGUACAUGGAUGCAUGGAGUGAAUAUAUUUAGUUUUUCUUAAA